GAGCGCAGCGGAGCGCAGUAUGAAGGGCAGCGGCUUCCGGGAGCUGGAGGCCGCCCCGGCCCCGGCCCCGGCCCCGGCCCCGGCCCCGGCCCCGGCGGAAGCUCCAGGGUCUAUUGCUGCUCUACAGGAAGGUUAUUGUAAAAUAUGUUCAGAAAAAUCCCAGAAAAUUAAUCCUUUCAUACUGCACAUACUCCAAAAAGUGGAUGAAGAAAUUCAAAAGGGACCCAAAGAAGGAAUCACAUUGAACAUUGCUGGUAACAAUCGCUUAAUCCCAGUACAAAGAGUGACAGGUGAAGAUUUUUGUAUUCUUUCUAAAAUUCUAAAGAAUCAUCCAUCUAUUAAUGGCUUGGAUGUUAGAUAUAACCUCAUAGGUGAUGUUGGUGCGCACUACGCUGCAGAACUUCUUCAGAAACAACUGUAUCUCAUUUACCUGAAUCUUAUGUUUAAUGAUAUUGGGCCUGAAGGUGGAGAAUUGCUUGCUAAAGCACUACAUGAGAAUACAACUCUGAAAUAUCUAAGAAUGACUGGAAAUAAGAUUGAAAAUAAAGGUGGAAUGGUUUUUGCUGCAAUGUUGCAAAUUAAUUCAUUCUUAGAGAAAUUAGAUCUGGGUGACUGUGAUCUGGGCAUGCAGAGUGUGAUAGCAUUUGCCACAGUACUAACUCAAAACCAAGCAAUUAAGGGAAUAAACUUAAACCGACCUAUACUCUAUGGUGAACAGGAAGAGUCUACAGUCCACCUAGCUCAUAUGUUGAAAGAGAAUCACCACCUUGUUGAACUACACAUGUGUAAGCAUGGUAUAAAAAACUGUGGUUUCCAUCAGUUAUGUAAUGCACUGUAUCUUAACAGCAGCCUACGAUAUCUUGAUGUCAGCUGCAAUAAAAUAACUCGUGAUGGAAUGCUGUAUUUGGCUGAUGUACUGAAAACCAAUGCUACCCUGGAAGUGAUAGAUCUUUCUUUUAACAGAAUAGAAAAUGCAGGCGCAAACUACCUCAGUGAAUCUCUUACUUCACAUAACAGGAGUCUUAAAGCACUAUCAAUAGUCAGCAACAAUAUAGAAGGAGAAGGACUUGUUGCACUUUCACAAUCAAUGCAAACAAAUCCUGCACUAUCUAAUAUCUACAUAUGGGGAAACAAAUUUGAUGAGGCUACAUGUGUGGCAUAUUCAGAUUUAAUUCGAAAGGGUCGUUUGAAACCAGAAAAUACAGAUGUGGAGCCAUUUGUGGUAGACGGACACGUGUAUCUUGCAGAAGUCUCCAAUGGCCUUAAAAAACAUUAUUACUGGACACCAACUUACGGAGAUGCUUAUGGGCAUUCAACAAAUGCAGGUUUUGCUCUUGUUCCAGUAUGCCAAAAUUUAUGAAAAACAAGCUUACUAUUUUGAGAUUAGUAUAGAUUUUAGUGUAGAUUAGUAUAUUUUAUAGCCUUUUUUGUUUUCUUAAGUUAGAACAAGUUAUUUUUAUCAAAUGUGUACUUUGUGUAGCUGACCAUUGUGAAAAACUGCAUAAUUUUUAAAAGAAAUUUUACAAUAUAAAGAUUAAAAAUUUAACUCUGGAGAAACCAGGGAACUACAACCUAGUGAAAAAACAUACAAGUAAAGGUCACUAUAGAUAUCUUAAUUAAAAGUUGUUAUGAAGUGGUAGAAAGGCUUCAGAUAGCAAAUUCCCAGUGCAGUUUCAAAAGUUCAGAAGUUGAAAAAGUAUUACAAAGUUGAAAAAGUUGAAAAAGGUGUUACAGAGAAGUGCUAAUAACACUUUCAACAAGUUCAUGCAAACAGAUACAAACCCAUUAUGUGCCCUGUUCCAAAAAGUCAGCCAGCUCCUCCACCUCCUCUCAUGGACAAGUAUUAUCUCAACUUCUAAUACUAGUUUUGCCUAUUUUUGAACUGUAUAUGGAAUCAUAGUAUAUAAUCGUUUUGUAUCUCACUUCUUUUGCUCACCAUUACAUUAAUGUAAUUCAUUCCUACUGUUUAAUGUAGCAGUGGUCCAGUUUUCACUGCUUUGAGGUAUUCAUCAUAUAGCAGGUAGUAGUACAGAAAUGGCCUUUCAACCUAAGACAUAAUCACAUUAAAGUAAACCUUACCAAUGAAGCUUGUCUCAGAUUACUGUCUACUGCUGUGUGCUAUGGAAGGGGCCCGGGAGUUCCACUAUUUUUGAAGAGGAACCUGAAGUAGGAGGGCAUAUGAUAAACCUGUAAACUGACCUACACUGGGCAGCUUGAGACUGAGCUGCAGGUGCUAAAGCCUUACAGAACUUUCCAUACCAACAAGAACUAAUUGUGGUUGGGUCAGCCAAGAACUACAGGCUCUGACCAAGAAAGACCUGAUGGCAUAGUUUAUAUGCCCAGAGAAUACAAGAGCUCAAGACCCUGCCUAGGUGCUUCCAUGAUGUCAUGUGAGCCCUCUCCAUACAUCUGGACACCAUUCGAGAGACAGGAUAAAAGGAGGAACAUUUUCCCAAAAGAUUAAGCAUUACCUUAGAUACCUUAUCUUCUUUAUAUUGGAGUAGGCUUUCAAAUGGCUAAGACUAUAACUUCAUUUUCUCUAGAUUUACCACUAUGUAAGGGCUCAAGAACAUGUGAGUUUUUUGUUUUUCUUCCGGUACCGGGGAUUGAACUCAAGACCUCACGCUUGCCAGGCAGGCACUGUGCCGCUGAGCUAAAUUCCCUAGCCCCAAGAACAUGUAAGUUCUAUAGGAAAACUCCAUUUCCUCUGCACAUCUGAAUUACACUAAAUAAAUCUGCAGCCAAAACAUUCUUCCAUUUUUCCCUCUUAGCAAUCAUCCUUUAAGAUCCAGCUCAAAUAAGCCUAUUACAGUACAUUGUCACAUAUCCUAUGUUCAUCAUUUUCUUUCAAAUUAGAAAGCAAAGAUCAGCCCAGUACCACCAAAAUGGAACAAAGGCAAUACAUAAAGUGAUAUAUACUUUUAAAAUAUUUGGUAAAAUAAACACUGCUUAACACAUUCUCAUUUUCAAACUAUUCAUUCACUAUCUCCGUAAUUUCUACUACUCAAACCGUAUCCAUCUGGCUCUUUACUCCCACUGUAACACUGCAAAGGACAAACAUACUCAUUACGCAGCCUAAUGUCUUUGUGUAACAUAUUACUUCUCUGUACCAUGUGGUCCCUAGAAAGCCCCCUUUGUCUCUGAAAAACCUACUCACUCUGGCUUUCUUCCUUUCUUUUUUUUUUUUUUUUUCUUCCUAUCUUUCUGUUAACACUUUUUAUCUUUUUCUGUCUUUGUUCAUCCUUCAAAUGCAUUUCCCUUAAGGUUUUGUUGUCAUCUCUUACUGUCCUGUGCCAUCUCCCAGACUGCCUUCAUCAUUAUUUUUAAGUUAGGACCCUUACAAGGAUAGCUGUGAGAUCUAUAUCUCUAGGUUUAACUGCUCCUGGGUUUCAGGCCUUAUUUCCAACCACAGCUAGACAUUUUCACAUGUAUCUUACUACCAGUCAAAUGCAGUACAACUGCAAGUAUCUUCCUUUCACAGAUGAUGGCAUUACCAUUUUCUCUGUCACCAAGGGUCAAAAACUGUCAAUCCACUUGGGAGGCUGAGGCAGGAGGAUUACUGCGAGUUCAAGGCCAGCCUGGGGUACAUAGUGAGUUCAAGGCCAGCCUGGACUACAUAGCGAGACCCAGUCUUAAAAAAAAUUGUUUACUUUGGGGCUGUCUGACUGCAUCAAACAAAAACUGACUUGAACCUAUUUAAGAAAGGUGGGGGGAGGGGCUAAAACCUAGGUGUGGUGGCAUUGAUCUCUUCAGCCUAUAAGAAUGAAAUAUCUUCUAAAUGGUUCCUAUAACUUGGUCUCCAAACAGAGAAAAUUGUGAUCAAAGAAAUCAAUAUCAAUCAACACAUUAACUUUAUUAUAGGUAUAGUUUAAAAGUUAAAAACAAGCACAACAAUGUAUGGCAGAAAUAAGAAAUGUCACAAUAAUGUUUAAUCAGCAUUAUGGGAAAUGAUUAUGUGAAACUGGUAAUUUAAAGACCAAAGAUCAGGCAGUGAAAUAAAUUAGUAUGUUGAAAAACUGGGAUGGGGAAGAGUGGUAGCAAAUAUCAGAAUACUACUAACUUUCCUUUACUUGGAAAAGGAUCACUGUGAAACUAUGACAACCAAAAGCUGUGGCUUAAUUUAUAAAAUUUAAAAACCCAAAGUUUAUAAAAAACUCAAAUAUAAAAUAUUUAAUAAAGUAGCUUUCUGAGAACUCAGAAUGUUCACUUAUAAUUGAAGUUAGAGUUUUUUUUUUUUUCUUAUGGUGCUGGGGAUCAAACCCAGGGCUUCAAACAUGCUAGGCAAGUUUCUUAACUAUUAACAUACUGUAUCAAAUUUAGAAGCCAAGUGCUUUCUAGUAUGUAUUGAAUUUGUGUCUAGAAAAUUUUUAUAAUUAUUUAUUUUUAAAAGUGCAUAAUAGGCAUGAGAGGCUUAUCAAAAAUUUUCAAAACUUGGUAUAUAUUCCCUAUUCCAAUAACCUACAAACCUAAUAAAAUAUAAACUGAAUCAAAAUUUGAAACUUUUUGACUACAUAAAAACAUCAAAUAUCUAUUUAAAAUUUAUUUUGAAAAUACAGUCUCAACUCAAACCAAAAAUACUGACUUCACUAACCUUUGUUUUCUCCAGAAUGCUGAGUUCUAAAUGAACAAAAAUGUAUAUAUAGUUCUUUAGUUUUUAAGAGAAACACUGCUUUUGGUUUCAUUAGAAAAGUUACCUCUAAAAGGAAAAUAUUAAAGCAAUAGCACAAUUCUUAUUCAUCCCUAAAUUUUCAUAGGCAGAAAUAUGAAAUUUCAUUUUUUCACCAUAUUUCGUAUAUUGGUCUGUCGAGCUUACAAAUAGCAAUACUUUGGGCUGAUACUAUCAUGGAUGAUGGUUAAAUUUAAAG